ACUAAACUUAUAUAUUUACAUGCAAGCUUAGUGCAAUUAAAGGGCUAAAAUAUUGGGGAAGAAGAUGAAGAGAUCGGAGAGUUUGAUAAUUUUCUCACUAUUGAUUAUUGCACUAAGCUUGUGUAAUGUGGAGGCAGCAUCAUCGCUUCAACCACCGGUGAAACUGAAGUGGCAAUACUACAAGCGGUACACGACAUGCCCGGAAGCAGAGGUUUACAUAAGGCAUCAAGUAGGGUUGUUUUGGAAGAACGAUACGAGCAUUACUCCUAAGCUCCUUCGUCUGCUCUAUUCAGAUUGUUUUGUUACUGGUUGUGAUGCAUCAAUUCUACUUGAUGGACCAAAUUCGGAAAAGACAGCACCACAAAACCGGGGACUUGGUGGAUUUGUAGUCAUCGACAAGAUCAAAACUGUCCUGGAAGAUCGAUGUCCAGGAGUUGUCUCCUGUGCUGAUAUUCUUAAUCUUGCAACCAGGGACGCAGUUCAUUUGGCAGGUGCACCAUCUUAUCCAGUAUAUACAGGAAGAAGAGACGGAAUGACAUCUACAGCUGCAUCAGUUGACCUCCCAUCACCAUCCAUCUCGUUGAGUGACGCCUUGGCGUACUUCAAAUCUAAAAACUUAGAUGAGCUGGAUUUGGUGACCCUUCUAGGGGGACACUCAUUGGGUCAAACCCACUGUAGCUAUGUUGAGGACCGGUUGUACAAUUUCAAGGGUACAGGAAAGCCAGACCCGUACAUGGACAAAACAUUUGCAACUGAAAUGAGAAAGCUGUGUCCACGUAGAACAAAAAAGGGCCAAAGCGAUCCUCAGGUGUUUCUAAACCCUGAUUCUGGUUCUAACAACAAAUUCACAGAGUCAUUCUACAAGAGGGUUUCAUCGUACAAGUCCGUCCUUGGAGUCGAUCAGCAGCUACUAUUCAGUAAUGACACACUACAGAUUGCACAAGAAUUUGCUGCUAAUUUUGAAGACUUGAGGAGGUCAUUUGCUCUAUCAAUCAAUAGGAUGGGGAAUAUCAAUGUUUUAACAGGAAAUACAGGAGAGAUACGCAGACAUUGCCGUUUCACGAAUAAGAAAUAACAGAAUAAUACCUAAGGGUAAAGUUGUCAUCAAAACAGAACUUGGACAAAAAAGUCCAAGAAUAAAAGCAUCAAGAAAUUUGUUUUCCCAUUCAAUAUAAAAUUUAUAUAAAAUAAUACUAAAAGUUAAAAUUUGAUCUUCAA